AAUUGUGCAUAUGAGAGCACAUACAGAAGAAAAAUCUUCUAGUUGUAAAGUCUGCAACAAGGAUUUUUCCAGCAGACACAUACUAAUUGAGCACAUGAGCUUGCACACAGAAGAGAAAUCAAAUACCUCUGAGGGCUAUAGCAAGGAAAUUUCUGAGGAAGAUCAUAUUAUUGGACGUGUGAAUUUAAUUUCUAAAGAGAAAUCUUAUAGUUGUAAGCUCUGUAGUAGGGCAUUCACGCGGAGAAGUCAUUUAGCAAAGCAUGUAGUAGUGCAUACAAAACACAAGCCUUAUAAAUGUGAAGUUUGUGAGAAAUCAUUCACUCAGCAGUGGAGUCUGGUAUGUCACAUGAGAUUGCAUACAAAUGAGAAGCCUUACAAGUGUGAGAUAUGUAAUAAAGCAUUUUCUGUGAAACAGGCUCUUGUUGCACAUAUGAAAGUGCAUACAAAAGAGACUCAACAUAGAUGUGAGAUUUGUAGUAAGGAUUUUACUUCAAGACAGGAUCUAAUGGAACAUGUAAGAUCGCAUUCAGAGGAGAAACCAUACACCUGUGAGAUAUGUAGUAAAGUAUUAUCUUCAAAAUAUGCUCUUGUUGUUCAUAUGAGAAUACAUACAAAAGAGAGGCCAUAUAAAUGUGAGAUUUGCAGUAAGGGUUUCACCAUAAGAAGUAAUUUAGUGGCCCAUGUGAGAAUUCAUACAAAAGAGAAACCUUUUAUGUGUGAGAUAUGUGGCAAAGCUUUCGCCAGAAAACGUACAAUAAAGGAUCAUAUGAGAGUCCAUACACAUGAAAAGCCUUAUUGCUGUAAGGUAUGUAGUAGGACAUUCUCUGGGAUCAGCAACCUAAACAAGCACAUGAGAAGAGUACAUAUAUUUGCUAGCCAAAGCAAAAAGUUCAUUCCUAUGGAAGUAUCUCAGAAACAUCUUACCAGGCAAUGUAGAAACUGCCCUUCAGUGUACAACAGCCUCUUCAGUGUUCUCAGAUGCUUCCCUUUGAAGCCAUUAUCACUUCCACAAUUGUGUUUUGCUCUCUUUACUCAGGCAACACUUUCCGCUUUCAACAUUGCCUCCAAAAACAAAACCAGAAUGAGUUUUCUCUCUGAUUGGAUGCCUUUUACCCCCAACAUAGAUGAAGAAAGUUGCAGUCCAGAAAAUUAUAUUAAGGAAGAGUUGAAGGAAGAUGGUGUUGAAGAUGAUUAUUUAGAAAUAAAGGAAGAAAACUGUGAAUGCAAAACUGAUGGGACUGACAUAGACAUAAAGCAUGAUUGCUUAUCAGAUGGACUUCAAUCAACUCAUGAGGAUUAUGAUAAUGAGGUAAUGAAUGAAAUACUGGACAUGAAUGGGAAAUAUUGUGUAUGUGAAAUGUGCAACAGUAAAUUUGCUUGUAAGAAUCAUCCAUUAAAUCACACUAAAAUGCAUAUCAAGUCGAGGCCUUGUAUCUGCGAGGUAUGUAGUAAGGCCAUAUUGAAUAACAGUGAUCUAGCUCUACAGAUGAGAAUACCUGCAAGGGAGAAAUGUCAUGGAAAGAGCCAUGGUAAGAAACUUUAUACUUGUGAUCUUUGUACUAAAGUAUUUAAAGGGAAAGGGGCUAUAAGGUCACAUAUAAGAGUACAUACAAAAGAGAAGCCUUAUAGGUGUGAGAUGUGUAACAAGGCCUUCUCUAAAGCAUACAAUCUAAAGAGUCACAUGAGAGUGCAUACAAAGGAGAAGCCUUUUAAAUGUGAUGUUUGUGACAAAGCAUUCUCUCACAAACAGUAUGUUGAAAAGCACAUGGGAGUUCAUACAACUGAAACACAUGUUAGGUACAGUCUAAUAGUACACAUGAGAGUACACACAGGGGAAAAACCUUAUAAAUGUACUUUAUGUAGCAAAGCCUUUACUCAAAAACAUCAUCUUCAGAAACAUGAGGGAGUACAUACCAAAGAAAAACCUCUUGAAUGCAAUGAAUGUAACAAGAGUUUUUCUCAUAAAAGUACACUAAUGGUGCAUAUGAGAGUACAUACAAAGGAAAAGCCAUAUAAAUGUGUUCUCUGUAGCAAGGCAUUCUCUCAAAAACAUCGCCUAGAAAAGCAUACAGGAGUACAUACAACAGUAAAUUCAAAAUUUUCCUUAUCAAAAAUCUAUGUAGGAUCUCCUGUAGUUAAUACAAACAUGUGUUUCUGGUGCAUCAAGUAUCUAAGCAUAAGUGUUUACCAGCCUUUCGUUGAAAGCUGA